AUGGAGUACGGCUACGCUCCUUUGCAGUCUGGUCGCUGCAUCCGGGCUAUUCACCUCUUACCUUCGCAAUCAUUUGAUGCCCAACUACAAUGUUAUAUCCGAGAAAUCGACAUCGACCAAGAAGACGCUCUUACUUUCGAGGCUAUAUCUUACACAUGGGGUGAACCGAAAUUCUGCCGCACUCUGCAUGUGAACAGACAUGAGAGCUGUUUCCGCAUCACGCAGAGUCUUUUCGAUGCUCUCUGCCGCUUCCGCCUCAAAGACAGGCCCCGCAUUCUUUGGGCAGAUGCUGUGUGUAUCAAUCAGAAAGACGACAGCGAGAAAAGCUCUCAGAUUCCGCUCAUGUCCGACAUCUAUCGCAGGGCAGAGGGUGUCCUGGUCUGGCUCGGAAACGACGCUGAUGCGGAGACAGCCAUGCGCACUCUCAGCUGGAUGAGUAGAACGGUCGGUCCAACGCUCGAGGAAGACCAGCGAAAGGCCCUUCUCGACUCCUUGGACGCCUUACUUCAACGACCUUGGUUCAGUCGCCGCUGGAUCAUCCAGGAGGUUGUGCGUAACCACGACGUGGAGAUGCACUGCGGAACAACAUCGCUGUCAUGGACCAAGCUGAUUGCAAUUACUUCGAAGCUUGGGAAACUCAUCGGGGCAAAGAACCGACAAGCUAUCGAUUCAGUAAUCCAGAUGCGGAAUAUCUGGAAAAGUCUUGUGCUUCUCGAAGAAACCGGAGCCGGCCACAGUCUACUUGAGAACUUCCAUGCUUUCAGUCAUUUUGGAUGUGCUGAUCCUCGGGAUCGUAUCUUCGCUCUUGCAGCACUAUCAUCGGAUGUGUCCAUGACCACAGAGCCGAAGAAUCACAAGACCAACGGCUACAUUGAAUCAGAAUCAUCUGCGUAUUCGGCUGGAACUCAGCCUCACGAGAGACUCUUUUGCAUUGUUCCUGACUACCGCAAGUCUAUGACACAGGUUUACACUGCAUUCGCUGCUGAAGCUGUUCGGAACGGGCUGCUUUCUUGGUUACUAUGCCACACCUGGCAUCGGCGAACUUCCGAUGAAUUACCCGCCUGGGUACCUGACUGGCGCAUUGCGGCUCCCGACAGACCCCAUUUCGUCAAAGAGAUUCUAGAAAGAUCCUCUGGUCGGGAGGGCCAGGCCUCUCAUGGCCUUCCGAUGAUGGCUUGUUGGCCUAAGACCCGACUUCGAGGGAAUGCUUUGAGAGUGAGGAACUUCAACAUCCUGCUACGUUCAAACAUAUCACUUCCUGCCCAGUCUCUAGAGGAAUUUAGGGAUGAGGUCUUCGUCAAGCCGCUCUGGAAAAGCACACCCAUGGACUUUCAGGCUGGAGCUGACCCCCUCGAGUGCAUCGAGUUCCUUAUAACCAGCGUGCAAGACUUUCUCAAGGACAUGAAGCAAUCUCCGUUUGACGCUUUGGAUGUUAAUGACGCAUUCUUCUGUCUUUGGAGUUAUCUGUUGGGCUACGGCCCCAACGCCACGUACUGGUGUGAUGAUAAGGCCCCAACCCUUGAGAAGAUUACAGCACAUGGAGUGCAGACAGACAUGUUGGCCUUCAGUGACCUCAACGGUGGCCAUUUCAUGUAUACCGUUGGUUGGAUAAGUGCUAUCGCUACUGAGUACAUCGCAGCGAGAACAUUUCUGGACGAAAUUCACGAGAAUCCUCACGAACUCCCACAUUACGACAAUAAUUCGUACACGCUCGGUCAGAUCGGGAGACACAAUGUCGUCAUUGCAGUCUUACCUAACGGGACAUAUGGCCUGACUUCCGCAGCUGUAGUCGCCAGAAAUAUGAUUAUGUCGUUUCCGAACAUUCGCAUCGGCCUAAUGGUCGGUAUCGGUGGGGGGGCUCCAAGCCCGAGCCACGAUAUUCGUCUGGGAGAUGUUGUAGUUAGCACUCCAACGGAUCAAUAUCCUGGCGUUUUGCAGUACGACUCGGGGAAGACCAUUCAGGAUCAAUCAUUUAAGAGGACGGGAUCUUUGAACGCGCCACCUCAAAUACUCUUAUCAGCUGUUAUGACUCUGAAGGCCGCAUUCAUGAUAAAGGGCAACAACCUGCACCCCAAAAUUGAGGAUGCAUUAUCCAAGUAUCCAAAGCUGCGUGGAGGUUAUAGGCGACCUCCACCUGAGACAGAUCUUCUCUUCCGCAGCGAAGUGGUGUUUGACCCUGACAAUCUGCACACCGUGGCGCCAGGAUUAUUAGUCCCCAGACCUCCUCGCACAGAUGACGAGGAUGACCCCGAGGUCUUCUAUGGACUCAUCGCGUCUGGCAAUCAACUCAUGAAGAACGCUCAAGUACGGGAUAGACUUUCGAAGGAUAUGGGUGUCCUCUGCUUUGAAAUGGAAGCAGCAGGGCUCAUGAAUCACUUCCCAUGCCUGGUCAUCAGAGGCAUUUGUGAUUAUUCCGAUUCGCAUAAGAACAAACUGUGGCAAGGCUAUGCAGCUAUGUCCGCAGCCGCUUAUGCGAGCACCUUGCUUUCCUACAUACCAUCAAGUUACUUGGAUAACGAGAGGAUAAGAGACAAGUUACGCACUGAUCUCAUUGAAGAUAGACUUCAGCUCAUUACAGAGGAUAUAUCUCGCUUAGAGCACAAGAUAAACUAUGAUACCAUAAACAGACUGGUCGUUUCAACCGGCGCAAUGCAUGAUUCUGCCAAGAAUCAACAUGAAAAUAUUUGUCUGUCGGGUACCAGAGACAACUUGCUCAAGGACAUAGUCCAAUGGAGCGAGGACGCAAACGAUCACCGCAUUUACUGGCUGAGUGGUAUGGCAGGAACCGGAAAAUCAACAAUAUGUCGCACCAUGACAGCCCUUUGGAGAGACCAAAGUGUCUUAGGAGCCAGCUUCUUCUUCGGAAGAGGAGAGGGCGAUCGCAGCAAUGCUUCUCUCUUCUUCAGUACCUUGGCUGUACAAUUGUCCGAGAUGCGACCAAGCCUUCAGCCGCACAUCAUCACCUCAAUCAAUGAGACUUAUGGUAUUUCGCACAAGGGAAUUAGUGAGCAAUUUCAGAAGCUCAUUCUCAGGCCACUCCAGCAAACGUCCACUUUGCCCCGGAGCUCGACCCAAGUCAUCGUUGUCGAUGCUCUUGAUGAGUGUGCAGAUGAGAGAAGUGCCGAAAUCAUUGUCUCUCUGUUGUCCGAGAUAGCCAGGGAUGAGUCAUUUGGAUUGAAAGUUUUCAUUACUAGUCGACCCGAAGUCUCAAUGAGCUACGCCUUGGACCGCAUCCAAGGUCACGUCCAAGAGGUUAUCUUCCAUCAAGUAACGAAACACGUUAUCGAAGAGGACAUUCGAACCUUCCUGUUUCAUGAGCUGUCAAUAAUUCGGGACAGGUGGAAUGGGAGACACCAUAAGAACCCCUCCCAAAGGAUUCCCCAGGGUUGGCCAGGAGAGGAUACACUCGAUACUCUCACCAAACACGCUACACCUCUGUUCAAUUUCGCCGCGGCUGUCUGUCGUUUUGUCGACAACUACAGACUUGGAAGCCCACCGGAGCAACUAGAGUACGUGAUGCGUACCAUCAGCAGUGGAAACACGAUUAGCAACAUGGAUGCUGCGUAUCUUCCUAUUCUCUCGAAGCUGAAAGGCAAUGUGAAUGCUUCGGACCGGGAGAUUGAUGGUCUGUUUCAAAGCUUUCACCGUAUCAUCGGCACAAUCAUUUUUCUCAAAGAGCCAAUGUCAAUCGAAUCAAUAGCUUAUCUGACAGGAAGCGGGGUUGCUGAAAUACACCGCAUGGUGUGCCUUCUGAAACCCGUCCUCGACUUUUCCGAGGGGACCGAGUCGCCAGUCAAACUACUCCACUCCUCCUUUCGCACGUUUCUGCUGAGCCCGUCGGCAGGAGAGUUCAUGGUUGACAUCAGCGACAGGCAGGAGCAGAUUGCAAUCAGCUGUAUCAACAUACUCUCGACUGAACAAUGCUUGAAGCAUGGCAUGCGUGGGCUGCAGCUUGAAAAGCAUCCUUCCAAAUUCGGCCGCCACGAUGUUCAGAGGCAUCUUUCUGGCCACGUAAAGUAUGCCUGUCUUUACCUGGUAGAUCACUUGGAACAAUCAGGAGUAGCUCUCAAAAAUGGCGAUGCUUUCCAUGUGUUUUUAGGGAACUAUCUCAAACACUGGCUGGAAGCUUUGAUCAUUCUCGGAGAGGGUCCGAAGGCGAUGAGCAUUCCAGAGAGACUUUUGCGUCUGGUGGAGGGCUUCAAAGGAAAACUGCAUGACCAGCUGGGAGAUGCGAAAUGCUUCAUUGAUCGCAACAUUUCAGCUCUUGCAGAAUAUCUUUCGAAGCAUUCAGCCGACGUCACCACCGUCGGGGUUCUUGCUGCAAAUAGCGAGGUUGUUGUAACAAACUCACAUCACGCCAUCGAGUUGAAUAUCUGGUCCAUAGCAAACGGCCAGUGCUUACAGAGUCUUAAGGAUCAACAGCGCGGCGAAAUGAAACUCUCACCAAACGGCAAGUACUUGUUCAAUUCAGGUGAUGGCGACGGCCACGUUUUAUGGAACAUCGAAACCGGGCGUCCGCACAUCAUAGAAGGGCAUCAUUCUAGUCUCGCUAUAUUCGAGACCUCGCCAGCAGCUACUUUCUCUACCGACUCCAGAUUCAUGGUUGUCUCAUCACCAGCGGGCGUCACGGUGCGAGAUCUUUGCUCUGGAAAAAAUGUAUGGCACGAUAUCACCGGCAAGACCCCGGUGGCGAUAUCUAAUGAUGGAACGACCAUCAUGUAUUGCAAGCCGCUUGUGGAGCCAAAAGCAGAAACAUUGGUGAUGCGACACACCAUUUCCGAGAAACGAUGCGACAUCUUGCAUCGAACGAAUGACACUGUUCACGCCUUGUUCAUCUGCUCAAAUCGAUCAUCCUCAGUCAUAGAGACCCGGGUACCAAGCAGUGGCACGCGCAGCAUCUUUCAGGCGGAGGUAGUUGACGACAUCAGUGGAAAUAGGUUCUCUCUCAUCAGAACACGCGGACCGUCUUCUACGGCUUGGUCGCGAAAUUCAUCGUUGCUAGCACAGGGCUGCUGGUCGGAAUUCGGCACGGACGAGCUGGUCAACGUUUGGUCAGUGGCGAGAUGCCAGAUGGUCUAUAAGGUGCACCCUCCAAGCUUGGUGUCAAGCGGCCUUCUCGUCUUCUCCCACGACUUCAUUCAGCUUUUUCACAAAGAGAGCCAAGGGCAUAGACAAGAUAUCUCGCCUGCUCAUUCAACAUGUUAA